UGAGCAAGUCAAGAAUGAGCAACUCAUAUAUAAAACGCUAUAUAUGCAUGAUGCUGUGAACACCCAGAUUUAUUUCUGAGUUUUCUUCUUCGAUUUUAAAAAAAUAAUCAAGAAAUGGGUUCAGUGGCUAAAAAUGGUUUGAAACAGUACCUUGUACAGCUUCAACAACACCCUCUGAGAACCAAGGCUAUUACUGCUGGAGUGUUGUCAGCAAUAAGUGAUAUAGCUUCUCAGAAGCUCACUGGGAUACAGAAGCUUCAGCUCAGACGCCUUUCCUUGAAAGUGCUCCUUGGAGUUGUCUAUCUCGGACCAUUUGGCCACUAUUUUCAUAUCUUGCUGGACAAACUUUUCAAGGGAAAGAAAGACCCCUCGACAGUGGGUAAAAAGGUCUUGGUGGAACAGUUCACUGCUUCCCCUUGGAACAACCUGCUUUUUAUGAUUUACUAUGGCUCGAUCAUCGAGGGAAGACCCUGGAACCAAGUAAAAUCUAAGAUUAAGAAGGAAUUUCCAACAGUUCAAUAUGCAGCAUGGACGUUUUGGCCAGUAAUUGGGUGGAUUAAUCACCAGCACGUCCCACUGCAGUUCCGUGUCAUUGUUCAAAGUGCUAUUGCAUGUUGCUGGGGCAUAUUCUUGAGUGUACGAGCUGCGAAGGCAGUGACAUUGACCCCAGCCAUUAAGGGUUGAACGGAUGAUUGCAACAUGAUGCGACGGCCUCGCAUGCUAGCUAUUUUUAUGCAGUAUUUAAGUGGUGAUCAGGUGUAUGACAUUUAUAUACGCCUAGUACUAGUAGUUAUCUCUCUUCUCUUGCUGAUUAAGAGAUAGAGGGUUUGAGACUUAGUAGCAAAGUUCAUAUACAUUACGACAUCAAAUUUUUGUAUAAUUUUGAUCUCUGUCAGUUUAUUUCUGUUUGUGA